CUGUGGGGGGUGUGAAUUGUGACCUACAAAUAACAUCUCGGCUUCAUGUUCUUUCCUUUUAGAAAUCCCUUCCGUGUGACAUAUGCAAACAGGUCAUCACCGCGGCUGGCGACAUGCUGAAAAACAAUGCCACUGAGGAGGAGAUCCUCACUUACCUGGAGAAGAUGUGCGACUGGCUUCCUAACACGGACCUGUCGGCCUUGUGCAAGGAGAUGGUCGACUCUUACCUCCCAGUCAUCCUGGACUUGAUUAAAGGGGAAAUGAGCCGUCCAGGGGAGGUGUGCUCGUCCCUCAACUUCUGUGAGUCUCUUCAGAAGCACCUGGCAGAGCUGAGCCACCGGAAGCAGCUGGAGGCCAACAAGAUCCCGGAAAUGGACAUGACUGAGGUGGUGGCUCCCUUUAUGGCCAACAUCCCCCUCCUCCUGUACCCUCAGGAUGGCCCCCAGAGCAAGCCCCAGCCAAAGGCCAGUGGAGACGUCGGCCAGGACUGCGUGCAGAUGGUGACCGACAUCCAGACGGCCGUGAGGACCAAUUCCACCUUUGUGGAGGGCUUGGUGGAGCAUGCCAAGGAGGAGUGUGACUGUCUGGGGCCUGGCAUGGCUGACAUGUGCAAGAACUAUAUCAGCCAGUACUCUGAAAUCGCCAUCCAGAUGAUGAUGCACAUGGUAGGUGGCAGGAGAGUCCUUGGUUAGCAUUUUUGUCCUAAAUGUUGCUGUUUCCAGAUACAGUUUAGUUUCUUUCUUUCUUUCUUUUUUUUUUUUUUUUUAAAUUCUCAAAAUACUGAAUUGAGGCCAGAAAGAACCCUCCUUGACCAUCAGGCUCUCCACUUCAAUCUCAGUCCCCCCACCCCCCCAC